CGCGACACUCAAUUCAUUAUCAAUUCAUUUUGGGCUGUAUAUAAACAACCAUAAAGCUUCGUUUGUAUCAUUCAUGAUUUAAUCAUGCAUCGAGUAAUAACUGUUGUUUUGCUCCUUACGAGCGUCGCAGCUUAUAAAAAUCCUAACUUUUGGGAUGAUAGGAACAGUAUUGUACAUUUGUUUGAGUGGAAAUGGAACGAUAUAGCAGAUGAGUGCGAAAGAUUUUUGCAGAAGAAAGGUUAUGGAGGUGUACAAGUGUCUCCUGUAAAUGAAAAUGUGAUAGUACCAAAUAGACCUUGGUGGGAGAGAUACCAACCUAUAAGUUAUAAAUUAACUACUAGAUCUGGAAACGUUGAAGAUUUCCAAAAAAUGUCCAAGAGAUGCAAUGCGGUGGGUGUUAGAAUUUAUGUAGAUGUAAUUCUAAACCACAUGGCUGCUCAACAAAAUAUUGGUACAGCUGGUAGCACGGCGAAUCCUGGUAGCAAAGAAUACCCUGCAGUACCAUAUGGACCAAACGAUUUCCAUCCUGAUUGUUCCAUCAACGACUACAAUAACGCUACUGAAGUUAGAGAUUGUGAACUCGUUGGAUUGAAGGAUCUGAACCAGGGUACUAACUACGUCAGAGGAAAACUUGUUGAAUUCCUGAAUAACCUGAUCGAUUUAGGCGUUGGUGGGUUUAGGGUCGAUGCUGCUAAACAUAUGUGGCCGGAAGAUCUUAAAGUGAUUUACAAUCAGGUUAAAAAUUUGAGCGUCAACUAUGGUUUCGCCCCAGGGUCAAGGCCAUAUAUCUACCAAGAAGUUAUAGAUUUAGGUGGAGAAGGCAUCAAACGCGAUGAAUAUUUAAAGUUGGGUGUUGUAACUGAGUUUAAGUACAGUGCCAAUUUGGGAAGGGUUUUUAGAGGAAACGAUAAGUUGACUUAUUUAGAGAAUUGGGGACCUGCAUGGGGUUUGAUUAAUAACAGCGAUGAAGCUUUAGUCUUCAUCGAUAACCAUGAUAAUCAAAGAGGUCAUGGAGGCGGAGGCGAUAUGGUCUUAACAUACAAGAAUUCCAAGCAGUAUAAGAUGGCAACAGCCUUUAUGUUGGCACAUCCUUACGGAAGUACCAGAGUUAUGUCGAGCUUUGAUUUCAAGGACUCCGAUCAAGGGCCUCCUCAGGAUGCGCAAGGAAAUAUCAUUUCUGCUGGUAUCAAUAAUGAUGAUACUUGCUCAAACGGUUGGAUCUGCGAGCAUCGUUGGAGGCAAAUCUACAAUAUGGUCGUCUUUAAGAACGCCGUCAAGGGAACCGAAAUCGAAAACUGGUGGUCCAAUUCGGAUCAGCAAAUUGCGUUUAGCAGAGGUAACAAGGGAUUCGUAGCAUUUACAAAUUGGGGUGAUUUGAACCAAGAUUUAAAAACGGGAUUGCCGGAGGGAAAGUAUUGCGACGUAAUCACCGGAAAUAUCAUAAACGCCAAGUGUACCGGAAAAAUAAUUGAGGUGCGUAAGAACGGAUGGGCCAGGAUCGAGUUGAAAGCCAACGAGGAGGACGGAGUCCUGGCAAUACACACAAAUGCCAGGCUGUAAUCCACGGAUUAUCCACGUUAUCUAUCCAAAAUUAUUUUGUUUUUGCAACCGAACAAUUGAGCACAUCAAACAAUGAAUGCAUCAAGGCUUUCCCGAUUUAUUUAGCAAGGGCACCCUCGAUAACUGUUAAUAAAUUACUGUUUAAUCAUCUUCGGCCCCGCAAUAUCCAGCAAAAUUCAUACACGUUAUCUAAUAAUUACAUAAUACACAGCCGAUAAGAGAUAACGCGUUCAUUGUUUUCCGAGUUAAAACCUAGAUCUUCUGUUGAAUAAAAUGCGUGUCGAAACGUU